AUGAACCCUGCAUCACCCAAUCAAGACGGAGACGGUAUUACCGCUCAGUCGUCGCUCGCUCCGACAUCAGAAGCGGGAUGUAGCCAAAACGCCCCACGUGCUGCAAAUAAAUGUGAGAGUGACGAAAAGUUAUUGUUGUUAUUGGAGCAGCAAAAUAGAAACUUUUUGGCUAUGCUAGAGGCCGUGAAGCAGUCGCGAACGCCGAACGACCUCCACCUUCCUGAUUUUGAUCCAGACCGACGUGAUGUGGACGCACGUGCUUGGAUUAUAACAGCGGACACUUGCAUUACUGAUGGUUAUCAACACGGAGCCCCAUUAAUGAUUGCGUUAAGUCGUGCAAUGAAAGGGGACGCAUCGACGUGGCUGUCUACUGUGUCGUUUCCAGGGAUGACCUGGGAAAAUUUUAAGGAGCUUUUCACUGCAAGGUACGCAUGCCCUGAGACUGUGGCCUCUUACCUUAUAAAUAUGGCAGGAAGCAGACCAAAAGAAAAUGAAUGUCUUGCUACAUAUGGUGCAGCCAUGAUGACUUCUAUUAUGUCAAGGUGGAAGGGCUUGACGACAGAACAGAUCGCGGUAGCUACAGUUUUGGCGCAUAUUUCACAAUUCGAGCCUCGUAUUCAGCGAUUGUCCUUUACCACUGAUAUCGAUAAUAGAAAACGACUACAACAAGAGCUUACAGCCGUGUCGUUUCUAAAGAGAAAAGCCCCACUCAGCAGUGACGCCACAGACUUUAAGAAAAUUCGCCCAGCUACAAACCACACGAGCAUAAAGUGCUUUCACUGUGGGAAACUAGGCCAUAAGUCAACUCAGUGUUUCUCGAAGAGAAAUUUGAAGACAAAUGGAGACAAAGACAGAAGCCAAACUUACUUCAACAACCGUAAGAAGUCUGCUGCGGAACAACUCCCCAUUACUUGUUACUCUUGUCAUGGACAAGGACACUAUGCAUCCAGCUGCCCGAAGCAGAGGAGCAAGGACCUCGACCUCGACUUGGCGACCUAG